AUGAGGCCGGAAUUGGAACCUUCAAAUUUCGAGAAGAGUGGACUCAAGAUGUUCUCAUCGCGAUUUCCAAAGAGAAACAGCGGAAUACGACAUCCCUUCUCAUCUUCAAUCACCUUUCCACUUUUAUCUUCGGAAGAAACUUUGUCUGAUGGGACUUCUGUGGAUGCGGGAGGAAUUGAAUAUUCAACCCAAUGGAAAAGAGCUUCCGAUCGAGCUAGCGCAGAGGCUUUGCAUGAUUAUUCACCGACAAUUGUGAAUUCUGAGACUUUUUCCAAAACAUCUGCUUUGUAUGGUAGCGGGAUAAACGGUCAUGUGAAAAACAGCUGGAACGACAUAAUAAAUGAUAUUUUCCAGGAGUUACCAUUCGAUCCAAAUGAUCAAUUUCUGGAAGAAUUUCAAUAUGCAAUUGUUUCGUCCGAUUGUCUUAAUGAUACAGGUACAAAUAGGUUACCUUGUUCGCUGGGAAAAUCUAUAAUGGACUUUCACAAGAAAUCACACUCCUGUACAGGAGCCGCCGUUGCUUCUAUUGCAACAAAAUAUGGUCGUCUCCAAGUAGUUUCUACCAACAAGUUUGUUCUGACCAAGACUCUAAAUUACCUAGAAACGAUUUUAGUAUCCUUCAAGACAUUGAGAUUUCUACAAAAAUUGCGAUCAAAUAAGGUCAAAGCAACUGAGAAAAUUGUUACCGCAUUAUUAAUUAUAAUUUAUGUGUCCAUUCAACAAGAGCUUUUCCACUUGCAAUACACAAAAUAUAAGGCACUUAUAACAUUGAAAGAAACAUUAAAGAAUCUACAAAAAUUUAGUUCUCUUUUGUCCAAGUAUCAUUUAAAAUUCAAGGAACUAUCCGUUUUCAAAACUUUUGCAUCAGAGUGUAUCGAUAACAGCUUCAAAAGUACACUUCCUUUCAUUCGCGAUUUAUUAUCCUCAACUUUGGAUCUCUUCUUUUAUAAAGUGAAGAUUGUCACAACAAAUUUAUUAUCGGUUACUAAUACGACAACACUAACGAAGUACUGUGAGAUAUAUUCCCUUCAUAAUUCGGAUCUGUUUCAUUAUUUAAAUAACCCCGCUAUUGAAAUCGAGGAAAAGGCAAAAAGGUUUCACAUUUUGAAGAAGUUUACCCUAUGUUGUCUGCUAUCGAUAAAUCAUUUUGACAUAAGAAAUGAUCUGACGACAUCUAACGUUUUAUUGAAUUUUUUUCCGGAUUUUGACAUUCAAUCGACUGAAUGUUUCCAUGUGAGAGAUACAGACAAAUAUAACAUUGUGACAGAUUAUCUUCAUGAAUUGAACACUUUCAUAAUCACUCUAUGUUCGUCCCUAAAUGGACACAAAAGCGUUUUAUAUGCCUCUGAGGGCUUGACUUCAUCUUCGUCAUCCGAGUCUCAUCAGGAAAUACAGACACAGCGACAAAAGAAGUAUUCAAACGAUUUACGAAAUUGUCAAAAGACAUCUAUGAUGGUGAAUUCUCUGAAGAGACUUGAAGAUACAUUGUUACAGUCUCCUAAUGGCGAAUUUUCAUCAGAAACUAAUGAAAUUGUGACAGCUACUUUAGAGAAGCUUUUAACCCUGUGGCGUGGAAAAGCACGAAAAAACAAACAGGAUACAAAACUGUCGCCUACUCUUUCGUCUAAUCGUGGGUUUUCAUUGAAUGUUCUUCAAUCAUCAACAUCAAGCAUUUUGACGGAUCCAACUGCCACCAGAAAAGCAUAUCUUGAUAGCGCUAUUGAUUUUAACGAAGUGGAGGAAACUCAAUCAGAUAUAGAAAUAGACUCUGAAUCUGAAGAUCCGAAUACAAUCAAAUUUUUACAGCAAAAAAAAGGUUACAGACCAAAAGAUAAGUUUCAAGGACUUAGUGACGAAGAACUAAGAGGCAAACUGAAUGAAGGUAUACUUAAGUUUGCAGUUGAAAAUAAUAGAGGUAAGGAAAGACUUAGAACUCAAAAAUCUUUCGAAUUGCUAAGGAAAGCGACACGAAAAGAAAAAUACCGACAAUUCGAAACUCGUCCAUCUACCGUUCGUGACGCAAGCACUAAAUAUAGCAGCAAUAUGACGAGCGGGUCUCCAUAUAAACUGAAAUUCUCUUCAGAAGAGUCCAUCCCGGUCUUGUAUGAAGUAAGAGAGCUACUUGGUGAAAGUCAUUGA